AUGGCCGUCGCAGACCAGGACAAGUUUUCAAACGUCUCGUGGAGCGAGCAUGUCCACGACCAAACAAGCCGCCCCGUCCCGCCCGCCGAGGAGCCCGGACAUACCAUGGACACGGGACACGCGCCCGAGCCGCUGGGCGGCGAGAGGCUGCAGUGUGCCGUCGGCUCGCCGCUCAAGGAGAACGACGGCAGCAAGGACGCCUUUGUCUCCUAUCUCAUCACCACCAACUCCACUUUCCCGUCCUUCCAGAAGCAGACGACGUCGGUCCGCCGGCGCUUCACAGACUUCGUCUUUCUCUACAAGCAGCUCAUGCGCGACUAUCCCGCCGCCGCCGUCCCGCCGCUCCCCGACAAGCAGCGCAUGGAAUAUGUCCGCGGCGACCGCUUCGGCUCCGACUUCACCUCGCGCCGCGCCCACUCCCUGCAGCGUUUCCUCACCCGCCUGUCCCUGCACCCGACGCUGCGCCGCGCCCCCAUCCUGCACACCUUCCUCGAGAGCCACGACUGGAAUGCCACGAUGCGCACCCGCAGCACCCGCACAAGCCUCGGCGCCGAGCAGGCCGGCACCGGCGGCGUCUUUGACAACUUUGCAGACACCUUCAUCAACGCCUUCACAAAAGUCCACAAGCCCGACCGCCGCUUCAUCGAGGUCAAGGACAAGGGCGACAAGCUCGACGAAGACCUCGGCCACAUCGAAAAGGUGGUGGCCCGCGUCGUCCGCCGCGAGGCCGACCUCGAGACGGACCUCAAAGACCUGGCCGAGCAGUUCCAGAAGCUCAUCACCCUCGAGCCCGGCGUCGAGGCCGCCGUUCACGCCUUUGCCGCCUCCAUCGAGGACACGGCCGCCCACCUGCGCCAGCUCCGCGAUGUCACCGAUCAGGACUACCUCGGCUCCCUGCGCGACAUGCAGGCCUACUCCAUCUCCCUCAAGAACCUGCUGCGCGCCCGCGAGCAGAAGCAGCUCGAUUUUGAGCAGCUGACCGAGUACCUCAACAAGUCGACGGCCGAGCGCGACACCCUGCAGGCCGGCCACUCGGCCUCGGGCGCCGGCGGCUUCAUCCGCGCAAAGUUUGAGGAUGUGCGCGGCGUCGACCACGAGCAGGCCCGCCGCGAGCGCACCCGCAAGCUCGAGCUGCGCGUCGAGGAGCUCACCACCGAGGUGGAGCACGCCCGCAACACGAGCGACAUGUUUGACGACGAGGUGGUCAACGAGGUGGCCGACUUUGAGCGCAUCAAGCGCGCCGAGUUCAAGGCCCAGCUCGGCGGCUUCGCCGACGCCCACGUCGCUUUUUACGGCGGCGUCGUCGACAUUUGGGAGCGCUACGUGCAGGAGAUGGGCAGGGAGGGGGCCGCCGGCGGCAUCGCGGCGGCAUCAUGA